AUGUUUGUGCUGGACGACGAGGAGUCUGAUGCAAAGGAGCUGGAGAAGAAGGCGCAAAAGGCAAAGAAGAAGACAAAAUUGACACCGGAGGAGGAGGCCCUCGACAAAGUCCGCGCCGAUGCCACCGAGAAGAAUAUGUACUGGGCUCCCAUCCUCCUCCUCUUCCCACUCGGUCCGGUGCUUGUGGCGCUCACGACGGUCGUGUUUGGCGGGGUGAUCAUUAACGCCGCGCCGUCAACAUGCAACGCGUAUCUCAAAACGUUCAUGCAAGGCGCGGUGGGCCUUAGCUACAUCCUCAUCUUGUUCUAUGCGUACUGCUGGAUUGGCCCUCGACCCAUCACGAAACUCAAGAUCCUGCGGGUGUUCUACACCGUUUACGGCAUCGUUUGCUUCCUUUGGUGGGGAGUGUUUGGGUCUCUCCAAGCCGCGACCGCCACGUCCACGGGUCUCAACUCGUGCUUGCAGACCGCGCCCGCGUUGUUUGUGUUUACGCAGUACCAAGUGACGAUCUUUUGGCUGUUGCUUUGCUUCUUCAUGUGCUUUGCGUUCAAGGAGAUGCGAUCGCACUGGACAGCGUCCGAGCAUGUGAAAAUGGCCAAGCAAAAGGCUGCCGACGAAGCCAGAGCGAAAAAGGACAUGGAGGACGCCGCGGCAGCAGAGGUGGCGCGGGUACAGCAAGCCAAGGACGCCGCCGAGAAGCUAGCCAAGGCGGAACGGGACCGAUUGUACCAACCGACAAACGAUGUUGCCGGAGACAUCGACGACGGAGACCAUGCUGGGCUUGACGCAGCUGUCGCGGAAGACCCACAAGACGACCCACAAGAAGAAGAAGAGGAGGAGGAGGAGGAGGAGAACGAAGGCGGCGAAGAAGGCGAUGCAGAUGAACGUGACGACCCAGAAGGAGCAGAUUCUAACGAACAGGACAAACAGUGAUACAUGGCUACGAGUGUCAGUGGCUGUAGUGGCAUGGCGUUGCCACUGCCUUGCAAAUAAUAUACUAAGGUUAACGUUACGA